UGACUAUUGUUAUUGCCGGGUAUAACAAGUGAGAUCACGAUAUUGAUUUGUGUAAACCUUUAAAUAGAACAAGUAUAUUUGUGUUUUAAACGUUUCAUGCGAUGUUUUUGCGUCUACAUUAACCUAUUUUGGAUUAUCCACUUAAGAAGUAAGAAGAGGUACUAGACAAUGGGCCGAGGCGAAGGAUCUGGCUGGGGGUCAGGCUGGGGAUUUGGAAUGGGAUCAGGCCGCUACAAAGGAAAGACCGAAAGAGUUAUAUUCCCGGCAAUGCCUAUUCCUUUGGCGAUUAUAUGCUGUGUUUUAAACUUUCUUAUACCUGGUCUAGGGACGGCAAUUGCCGGUGUGAGCGUUUUUUGCUGUGCACGAAACGAAGACAUGGACACGUCAGCAAGGACGUUGAGUUGUUUUUCCAGCUGCGGGAUUGGCUUUCUCCAGUUGGUGACUACAGUGCUAUUGUUUAUUGGAUGGUUUUGGAGUUGUUUCUGGGGAGUAACGUUUCUUAUGAUGAGUUUCGAGUACUACCAUAACAACAAUGUAGACGAAUUUGACAGAGGAACGGCGGUAACAACUACCGUACCGACCACACAUGUUAUAUACCAGAACGGCGCAACUAACCCAUCUGCCGUGAUCAUGCAACCUUCUUUCUUACCUUACCGGCUUGCUCAGCCGGAUACCCCGAUCGGUACUCAGCCUGAGUCAAAUGUCAUGUCACAGCAGCCAGUACCCCCACCGUAUCCUGGAGUGAGCGGAACAGUAACUGCUCCGCCGCCGUACGAUGCCAUGGUAUAUCAGUCUGGUUCAGCAUUUCCCAAUCCGCCUCCUUUACAGAACCCAGACGGCAGUGAACAGAAAGUAGGAUUGUAAAGAGAAGGCUUACGGGAGAAUAUUAAAUUAUGAUCUGUGAUAUUGUCUUAUUUUCUGUGCACAUAGAAGGACCUGUGACGGAUUCAAACAAAAAGUCUUUGGUAUGAUUCUUUUCAACGGUUACUGGAAUUAGUGUGUUAAAAUACUUGAAAUGUAGCUUUGAUCAGUUUCAUUUGAUCACGAUCUAAUAAGCAUAUUUAUCUUACAAUGGAUAUAUGAUGAUAUAAAAAUUGUCCUGCGAGUAAUGCGAAUUCAAAGAAAAAUAUAAAAACAGGGAAAAUUGACAAAAAUUGUCAUAUAAUAACAUAUGUAGCAAAACCACAAUGAAUGAGUUUAAUCGUACUUUUUUGAUAAAUCAUUUAUUUGUCACAUAUUAGCCACGCCUGUUGAGUAACUAGCAUCUAUGUACUUGUGACAGUCCUUUUCACGAAGCAAACAAAGCUGGAACUUAAGAAUAAGUAGAGUCAUGUUAACAAUACAGCAAUUCUUAAAAAACCUGAGCCGAAAACGUGUUAAAUAGAUUUAAACUCGCAGUCAUCUAAGCCAUGUUUGAGUUGUGAUCGAAAAAGGUUCUAUUUUGUAUAACACACAACUUUUUUAAUUUUUUUGAAAUACUGAAAAAGUAGAAACUAAAUAUUUCUUGAAGUAAUAUAGAUCUGUAGUCAAAGCUUUUGAAAACACAAUUAAGCUUGACUAGUUAACUUUACAUGAAAUCCUUUAAGCAUUGGAGAACUGUGAUUUUGCAUUUUCGUUGACCUUUUUAUGCCUCCGAAGGGAGGCAUAUUAGUUUUCAACUGUCCGUUCGUUCGUUCGUUCGUUCGUCACAACAUUAACUUUUUGCAUGAAGGCACUUUACUCGCGAACCACUGCACCAAGGACCUUCAAACUUCACAUGCUGAUAGUACUUAUUGAGUACACCAUUCCUACUGACUUUGGGGUAACCAAGUCAAAGGUCAAGGUCACAGGGGCCAUCGUUAAUUUUUUGCAUGAAGGCACUUUACUCGUGAACGACUGCAUCCAGGACCUUCAAACUUCAUAUACUGAUAGUACUUAUUAAGUACACCAUCUCUACUGACUUUGGGGUCACCAGGUCAAAGGUCAAGGUCACAGGGGCCAACGUUAACUUUUUGCAUGAAGGCACUUUACUCGCGAACCACUUCACUUGGGACCUUCAAACUCCGCAUGCUGAUAGUACUUAUUGAGUACACCACUCCUACUGACUUUGGGGUCACCAGGUCAAAGGUCAAGGUCACAGGGGCCAACGUUAACUUUUUGCAUGAAGGCACUUUUUACUCGCGAACCACUUCACCCGGAACCUUCAAACUUCACGUGCUGAUAGCACUUACUGAGUAUACCACCCCUACUGACUUUGGAAUCACCAAGUCAAAGGUCAAGGUCACAGGGGCCAACGUUAACUUUUUGCAUGAAGGCACUUUACUCGCGAACCACUGCACCCGGGACCUUCAAACUUCACUUGCUGAUAGUACUUAUUGAGUAUAUCACUUCUACUGACUUUGGGGUUACCAGGUCAAAGGUCAAGGUCAUAGGGAACCACUUCAUCUGGGACCUUCAAACUUCACAUGCUGCUAGUACUUAUUGAGUACACUACCUCUACUGACUUUGGGGUCACCAAGUCAAAGGUCAAUGUCACAGGGGCCAACGUUAACUUUUUGCAUGAAGGCACUUUACUUGCUAACCACUGCACCCAGGACCUUCAAACUUCACAUGCUGAUAGUACUUACUGAGUACACCACCCCUACUGACUUUGAGGUCACCAGGUCAAAGGUCACGGCCACAGGGGCCAACGUUAACUUUUUGCAUGAAGGCACUUUACUCGCGAACCACUUCACCCAGGACCUUCAAACUUCACAUGCUGAUAGUACUUACUGAGUACACCAUCCCUACUGACUUUGGGGUAACCAGGUCAAAGAUGAAGGUGCUGCGGGGGCAUUUGUCACCAUUAGUGACAGCUCUUGUUUAUUUUAUUAUCUGUAACCCUGUUCUGCUUACAGAUGCAUUUAUGUUAUUUUUUAUCAAAGUUUGAUAUUGUUCAUUACAUAGAAAUCACAUUUUUUCAUAUUGUUAAUGAUUGUUUGAAAGAAAUAAAAAAUAUCUUUAUU